AAAAUCUCACAGUUUAUAGCGAGAGAACGCAACGUUCUGAAAUUGAAAAACGAAGAGGAGAAUUAGGGUUUUGAAUCGGGAGGGAAAAUUCUGAAACCCUUAAAUUCACAAUUUCACAUUCUGAAUCGGAACUCUUCACUUCAAUUCGCCACCACCACCAGAUAUUGACUCUAUUUGCUGAAAUAUAUAAUAUAAUAAUAUGAGCACCACAGCGCAAAGAACUCCAAGGUCUGGUAGACAGUCACUAUUUUUUCAGGAUUUAGCAUCCCCUGUUAAUGCCCGCCGGGGAAAGUUUUCCAGUCCAGGCCAGUCAGGAGCAUCUUCUUCUCUAUGGCGUGAAAACUUUGGUAAUUCGGACCUUCCUCCGCCUCCUUUUUUCACCUUGGAAGACAGAUCAGACUUUUCUCCAGAAUCAGGCAUACUGGAUUACCAAAUGUCUCCUGAGACUAAGUCGGACCAUAAAACUCCCAUCCAAACUCCAAAUAGAGAAUUUUCGACUCCAGCGAAAGGCAAGUCCGAAGCCAGCACAUCUUAUGCUUUAAGAGGGGUGCAGCAAAACCAACAAGGCUCGCUUAGUUUGAAUUGGUGGUCGUCACCUGCAAAGAGUGGUGGUGAACAAGAGGAGAAAGGAAGGGGUUCUCCAGUCGAGGGUGUGGUUCAGCCUGGUGCAUUGAUUACUCUUCCUCCACCACCAGAAGUGGCAAGGCCUGAAGUCCAGCGAAAUUCCUUACCUGCAGGAAAUCUUAACGAGGAAGAAUGGGUAACAGUAUAUGGAUUUUCUCCAAAUGAUACUAAUUUGGUUUUAAGGGAGUUUGAAAAAUGUGGUGAAAUUUUGAAACAUGUUCCUGGCCCUAGAGAUGCUAACUGGAUGCACAUUUUGUAUCAGAAUCGAUCUGCUGCACAAAAUGCUCUCAACAAGAAUGGAAUACAAAUUAAUGGAGUCCUAAUUAUUGGUGUGAAACCCUUGGAUCCCAUGCAACGUCAAGCUUUGACCGAAAGGCUUAACAAUCAAGGAUUUAUGCCCCUACCUCUACCCACUGCUAGGAACUCAGAAGUAAGCACAUCAAGAGCUCCUUCUCGGCCAUAUUAUCUGCAGAAUGGCAAUGCAACUACAAGGCAGACUGGAGGUACCAUUGCUUCCCCAACAAAAUCCUUUGCAUCCAAGAUCAUGGACUUGAUGUUUGCAGUCUAGAUUAUCUGUUUUGGUGAAUCAAACUGUAACAUCCUGCUUUAUUAUAAGCAAUAUUUUACUCAGUUAUUCAUACCAUCUGAAGAGGUUCGGCCUUUAGUGUUCAUUGGAUUUGAGCUGGAAUAUUUACUCUUUUGAUUGAAUCUUAUGGUAUCUUAAUUCUUAACACUGCAAUCUUAUGAAUGGCUAUGAUCAGUACUUGGUGGUCACAUGUUUUGAGAAAUGGGAUCAUAAUAUAUGGAUACAGGUUGAUCAAUGUUUAUGUAAAAUUUGCUCAUUGUGCAGACACUUAAGAGUGUAAUGUUUAUUUGUUUGAGUGAUGCAAUUCAUCUCACUUGGAUUUUUGUUUUUGUUUAGAUGACUGGUCAGCCAAUCCCCUAAAACACGGGCUUUACCAAAAGCAUCCGGUAGUGCAUUUUGACAGAUUUGAACAUCCCCUAAGGGGACAAUUUGAGAAAUCACCUUUUGUUUAUGCA